CCUUCCCCCCCUGCGUGACAUGGGACAAGGCAGCAUCAAGGUUAAACCUGGCUGCAAGCUUUUGUUAAGGUGCUCUGCCUGCUUGGGAAGGCAAGGCACCUGCUAGGCAUGCCCAGUGAGCUCUAGGAGCUGGCUCUCCCUUCAUUACGGCUCUGCAAGGCUGAAGCACAAAGAGCGCUUGUUGCCCAGUCCCCGGGAGUCUUCCCAGUGCUACCACUAGCUGGGGAGGACUGGUUACCAUGGAGGCUGCCAUCUGUUUGCUCCCCGCUGGAAUGUGAUUAUCCUUGCUGGGUUUGGAACCAGCAAAAGCAGGGGAGCGUGUGCUGCCGGCAAUUAUCUGCAAUGGAGUGCGUUAAUGGCAGGCUGGAAUUAGCUAGCUGGAGGAGCACAUAAAAGGAUUUUUACCAAAACUAUUAAUGAUUUCUAGCCAAGAGGAGACGGCUUUUUGCAAGGUAGCAGCAUCUGUCCAAAGCCCAUAAUAUUGUCUAGAACUUGUCCAGCGAGUGCCACAACCAGGCUAGUUGAGCAGAAUGUACGCAAUGAAGCAGCUCAGGGAAUAAAUGGAAGUGUGCCAGUCAAACAGUCCCCACGUUCAGCUUCAAAUCCAAAGCCACAAGUGCCUCCAAAGCCAAUUCAUCUGCAGAAGGUGUCACCUGUUCCAUACCAAACCCCUACACACAAAGCUUUAUCAAAUCGGAAACCAAGAAUGGAGGAAGAGACCCCCACCCCUGCUUCUGGUGUUACAAAGGAGAAGUCAAGUAAAGUCUCAGAUCUCAUAAAUCGUUUUGAGGGAGGCAGCCCGCUAAAUCCUAGUGAUUUGAAGAAAGAUUCCUCUGUUCUCCACAUUUCGAAAUCUCAAGGAAGAUAUGGGUCAGGACCACCACCUCAGCCAAAACUCCCCUCCCAGCACCCACUACAAAAACAGGGAAACAGUAAUACCGACAACACUCAGGUUCCACAGCUACACACAGCCAACGGAGUUGUAGCACAAGAUCAGACAGAAGAUGAGGACAGGAGAUUACUUGGUUGUGACUCCACCUCAGUACCGGAUAAUGUCAUUGACAGCAGCUUGAUAAAUGGUGAAAGAGAAAGUACUUCCAGAGAGUCAUUGCAAACUGUGACUGCCUGUGAAGAACAGAUGCUUAACAGCUGCUACAGGACUCCAAGCAGUGAUACACUGCACCCAUCUGAAAAUGAAACUCUAGAAAAUAAUACAAAUGUGAAGGAAGAACCAACCGAGGAAGUCAGUAAGCAAGAUCAACCUGUAGAAACAAAGGAGACAGAUGACCAGAAACGCCACAAAAUUGCCAGUGAACUUCUGCAAACAGAGAAAGCCUAUGUUAGCCGACUUGACCUCCUAGAUGGGGUGUUCUACUCCAGACUCCUUGAAGAAGCCAACAAAGGUUCAUUUCCAGCUGAAGUUAUCAACAAAAUCUUCUCUAAUAUUUCAUCGAUAAACGCCUUCCACAGUAAAUUCUUACUUCCAGAACUUGAGAAAAGAAUGCAAGAAUGGAAUACUACCCCUAGGAUUGGAGAUAUUCUUCAAAAGUUAGCUCCUUUCCUCAAGAUGUAUGGAGAGUAUGUGAAGAAUUUUGAUAAUGCAAUGGAAUUGGUGAAAACAUGGACUGAACGGUCACCUCAAUUCAAGUUCAUUAUUCAAGACAUUCAGAAGGAAAAAGUAUGUGGAAAUCUGACAUUGCAACACCACAUGCUAGAGCCAGUACAACGAAUUCCACGCUACGAGAUGCUUCUGAAGGACUACCUAAGGAAACUGCCUCAGGAUUCCCUAGACUGGAAAGAUGCUGAAAAAUCCCUGGAAAUUAUAUCCACUGCAGCAAGUCACUCGAAUAGUGCAAUAAGAAAAAUGGAGAAUCUAAAGAAAUUAUUAGAGAUAUAUGAGAUGCUGGGAGAAGAGGAAGACAUUGUGAACCCUUCGAAUGAGCUGAUAAAAGAAGGACAGAUCCUUAAACUUGCUGCUCGCAAUACGUCUGCUCAAGAACGGUAUCUUUUCCUUUUUAACAAUAUGUUGCUCUACUGCGUCCCCAAAUUCAGCUUGGUAGGAUCAAAGUUCUCAGUUCGAACCAGAGUUGGCAUAGAUGGUAUGAAGAUUAUAGAAACUCAUAAUGAAGAAUAUCCACACACUUUUCAAGUGUCUGGAAAAGAGAGAACACUGGAGUUACAGGCCAGUUCUGAACAAGAUAAGGAAGAAUGGAUAAAGGCUCUUCAGAAUACUAUAGAAGCUUUUCAGCAAAGGAAUGAAACCUUCAGAAAUGCUAUUGCUAAAGAAUACGAAGACAUGCCUGUGGAGGUUUCUAAUGCUGAGCUUGGUAAGAGAGCACCGAGGUGGAUACGAGACAAUGAAGUAACCAUGUGCAUGAAAUGCAAGGAGCCUUUUAAUGCACUGACAAGGAGAAGGCACCACUGCCGGGCAUGUGGACAUGUGGUUUGCUGGAAAUGUUCUGAUUACAAGGCACACCUAGAAUAUGAUGGCAAUAAGUUGAAUAAAGUCUGCAAGGACUGCUAUCAUGUUAUAAUUGGUUGUACAGACAGUGAAGAAAAGAAGAGGAAAGGCAUCUUGGAGAUUGAAUCUGCAGAAGUCUCUGGAAAUAGUGUCAUAUGUAGCUUUCUUCAGUACAUGGAAAAAUCCAAGCCCUGGCAGAAAGCAUGGUGUGUUAUACCUAAACAGGAAGCUCUUGUGCUCUACAUGUAUGGUGCUCCACAGGAUGUCAAAGCUCUGGCUACAAUUCCACUUCUGGGAUAUACAGUAGAUGACACUCCGAGAAGUGCUGACCUCCCACACAGCUUCAAACUGACCCAGUCUAAGUCUGUGCAUAGCUUUGCUGCAGACAAUGAGGAACUAAAACAGAAAUGGCUAAAAGUUAUCCAUUUGGCUGUCAAAGGUGAGACAACAGAAUGUCAAAAUGAAGUGCCAGUGAAUGUAGAAGAGCAACCUGAGUCUUCUAAAACAUCUGAAAGGUGAAGCUCAAGAACACAUGGCAUUUUAAAAAGGUUUCAGUUGAAUUUGUGGUUAACCUAUGCGUUAACCUUUCUUUGCUCAAUCAAAAAUAAAAACAACCAGAAGAAACAUCCUACUACCGUACACAUCUUAGCACUUUAUGUUUGGGAAAAAUUCUGGUCUUUUUAGGGAUCUUUUUCUUAUAUUUAUGUUCUGUUGAUAAAAGCAGUGUACAGGUCCAUUUCAGAGACUUUAAAAAAAAAUGUGAAUGCUAUAAGAAAACUUCCUAACUUCACUGUUUGUCAUGACGCAAAUUUUUUUGAAAAUCCAGUUGCUCUUCAGUUAACGUUUGCUACUUUCAGAUGCAAAGAAUGCAAAUAUUGAAGCUUCCUACUUAUGUGUUAGGACUUGCAACAGGAUAAAAGAUAUACCUCCACAUUGCCAAAAUAGAUCUCUAGCUAAACACGCAGGGACAAUUUGGUUUCAUGUAUGUAGUUUUUAGAUUGAAUUCCGUGGCUCUGUACAUAUGUUGUGUUCACUUGUCUUUUUAAAGUAAUGCAAAUUGCCUUCACAGGUAUAUUGGCUUUUAAAGUUUCAAUUUAUCAAGGAAACAAUCUAAUGAUUUUCAAGCUAGAAAUGAAUACCUAAAAUAUGAGAAAACAAUAUAUAAUAUAUAUACAGUAUUAAAAAUGUACAAUACUUGAUUUUUCCUUUGAUUUCAUGAUACUGGGUUCGUAUUAGUGAAUAAUUUAUUUAAAAGGCAUGUUUUCUAUUUGAAAUUAAACACAGUCCUAAAUUAAAAAAUAUUGUUCAGUGAUUUGUUUUAAUAACUGACACUUAAUGAUCUUGAUAUUUUUAAGGAUUAAAAAAUAGCAGUAACGUAAGUGGCAUGCAAUGGACAAGUAAGUUCCACUUGUGUUUGAAAAAGGAGUAGUCACUUCAGUGUCCUAUCACUGUUAUAUUUAAGAGUGCUGUAGUUCAUUACUAAAAUGCAGUAUGUGGUUUGAGAAAAGCAACAGAUUCUAGUAACCUUCUUAGAAUUUGUAUUUUUGCUAUGAUGGUUAUUAGAACAAAAGAACAUUUUGAACUCGUAUCUUCUAAUUUUUGCAGAUCAGCUACUGUCAUACUUAUUUAUGGCAACAAUCUCUGAGGACUAUUGUUAUGAAGUAGAGCCUACUUUAUAUGAAUUUGAUAUGAAGUAUGAGCCUGCAGAUCUCAAGUUGCAUUAACUGACCUUAUUUGCAUUUUGCAUCGUGGGAAUAAGGACUUGUUGGCUUUGCAGUAUUAAGUCCUAUAUCAACUUCCAUUCAUAUUCGGGUUUUUACACACAAAGGCAAAUGACCUCCCUAAAAUUCUUGCUAUAACUUCCUCAGAUGAAAUAUGGCAAAUUAGGAGGUAGUGAUUGACUAUCAAGUAGACAAUUAAAAUAAUCAUUAUCUUUCCUUUUCUGACCCCUCCAAGGAAAGAAAAUAUUUAACUUCUGCAAUCAACUUUUCCUAAGAACACUGAGGAGUCUUACUUCUCAUUAGAACUGUGAUCUGUAUUUUAAAUCAUGUCAAACUGAAGAGCUCAGGUUCAAGUGCAGUUUGGUUAGUAACAGGAGGGAAGGUUUAAAGUGUUGCUUUUUUUAUAAUGGAUUUUUCAGCCAAAGUAUCCACCGAACUCCCGUUCCCACUUUUUCUGCAACACUAUGGGAAAAAAUAUACUCCUUUAGAAUUUAACAAGGUAUUGUUAAAAGUAACCUCUGUUUUUUUAGUGUCAGGCAACUUAAUGUUAGUGGGCUGGAUUUUGCUCUCACCUGCACAAUUCCAACAUGGCCUUUAGCCUUCAAAACUUUACACCUAGUGUUAGUAAUGAUCAGGACAUGGCAUUGUAGAGUACCAGCUCUACUACUGACUUCGCACAUAUCAGUUCUGAAUUCUUCUUUGGAUGCUCCUCGUGUCCAGAUUAUUCUGCAUGUAACUCUAGUACUCCUUUGAUCUGAUGGGCAAGCUCUUCUGUAAUUCCCUAAGAGAAUAUUUCUAUCCCUAACAUCUCUAUCUAUCCCUAAGAGUAUUUCUACUGUCAGCUGUAGUUAUUUAUGGGCAGCUUCAACUCGCUUUGUUUCACUUUGAUGUGUGCCAUCAAUUUUUUGGCUGUGUCUCCCUAGCUAGUGUCUGUCAUCUUGUGUAUAUCUUGAUGAGGGAUGGGGGAAUAUUCAGGUAAGCAAGAAGAACUCUCCAUGGCUAACUUCCUUUCAUGGUCACCUCCUGAAACUGAAUGUCUUCUAAAAGACUUGUGGGAUCUGGAGGGUCAUCUGACCAUACCCUAAUAUAUAAAAGCAUUGUUUCCCAUGUUCAAGGUGUUGAAUGUAUGGGGAAGAGUUGCCUUAUAGGUGUCCCCAGAUAAGAUAGACUAGCUAUUCUGAAAGCAAUGUGUUGGUAUGACUGUAACCAGGCCGUGUAUUCCGUUUUCCAAGCUCCUGCAAACUUAGUUCUGAGCCGAGUAGGAACACCUACUCCAGAUGAAUGAUUAGGGAAAUUAUCAGAAGCAGCAAUUGCAAUAGUGUUAUGGAGUUUCUGAAGCUGCCUGAAUGAUUUCAGCAUCUCCCAGACAAAGCCCUGCAUUUGGGCAUAAACAAUUUGAAAUGAAAUUCGGAUUGGGAGUUAUUUAUUUGGAUGGUAGCCUCAUGUUUGUUCUCAGUCAUUAAAGUUUCUUUUGCAUGGAAUAUUUUAUUUUCCCCAGCUAAACCUCUUUCUUGCUCUCAUAAUCAGUUGCCUCAUUGGAACUGGUCUGAGUCAGAACAUCUUGGCACUCAAAUCCAUGGUUCUUUGUGUAUUUUGUAGGAAAAGUAUGUACCACCAAUAUUAGAGAUCAGAAGAUGGAGGAAGUACUUCUAGAUUUAACCACCCUAACUGUUUUAUUCUAUUCUCCACAAAGAAGCCCCCCUUAAAGCAUCCAAAUUUUUUCUCUUAGUUGUAAAUUAUGGCCAUGAAGGAACAAAUUCAAAGUAGUAACUGCUGCAGCUUCGGUGUCAUGACCAGAGAAGUAAAAUUAAAACCAUCAUUCUAACAAUGUAUAAGCCAUUCAGCUGUUAAUUUUUAUUUUUUUUAAGGCAGUAAAUCCACUAGCACUAAGCUGUGUGUGUAAGGAAUUAACUAUAACUGAGCAUUCAUUCAUAAUACAUGGAUGUAUAUGAAAGGCUCUGCUGAAUUAUUUAAUCUUUGAGAUUUUUCUGUUCAAGAAAUGCUUGUUUCUCACUUUAAUAGUGACCAAUCUUCUGUGCAGCUUAAAGCAGUUCAAAAGUUGUUUUGUGUGUGUUUUUUCUGUGUUCAACAGAACUGUGGCUUAAUUUUAGCAUUAUGUGUGGGACAUGUAUUAAUACAUUUUUCAAUAUGACAGUAUUUUUCCCCCAUCAUGGAAAAAUGGUGUAUCAUGCUACCUGCACCAUUCUUCCAGAUCCUCUGAAAAUUGUUUUCUGAUAUCAUCUACUCCUGCUUGAUUGAAGAGCUUCUGUGAAAUCUAUAGGAUCUGGUAUUUUCAGCUCCCUUUACACUGAGUAGUUUUAUUUAUUCCAAAAUGCAUUUAAUUUUAAACCUUAAAUGCAUGCAAUAUAUAGUAGCACUUUUCAUGAAAAACCUUCUCAAAGUGCUUUAUAAAUUUCCUUGAAGAUUCUAAAUCCCUUUCUUAGGAAAGAGGAUUUUUAUUCCUAUUUUUAAAUUAAGGAUGAAGCCAGGGCACUGAUUAAAUGUAGAAUAAAUAUGUACCACUUGCAUAAAUUUUAGCUGAGCUAUAGAACCAUGCACUGAAGAGUUCCAAGUGGAUUCAGGAGGAAAAAAUAAUUAUAAUAUCUAUGUAUAUUUAAAAAUAAUGGGGCAAGAUGUGGAAACACUUGACAGGCUCUUUGGGUUUCUUUGUUGGUUUUGGAUUUUUUAGUUUUUGUUUGUUUUUUUGUCUGUGGUUUUUUUAAACCUACAUCACCACAUAGCUGGUUCAGAAACAGGUCAGCCUUUUAUUUGAAGACAAGAUUAAAUAAGAACAGAUGGUAGUGGCUCUUUAUAAUGAAAGAAAGGCUAUCACAAAAAAAACCCCCAAAACAUUCCAUGUAGAAAUAAUUCUAAGCAAUAAAAAAGGAGCUUUCUCCAUGAAUCUAUUUAGAGGUCUGUUGUAAACUAGUGCAGACCUGCUGAAGCUAAUAUACUUUUUUUUACUUAGAAGUCACACAGAAUCUGCCUUAUAUUAUACAAAGACACUGGUGGAAAAUCAGGAUUUCACCAGUUUGAGAGCUGCUGUCUUACUAUGUCUCAUCUGGAAUCACAGUGUUCAGCUGAGCUUCAGAUAGGUUUCAGUUGGAGACAACUGAUGUAGGGUGAGUGCAAACAGCUGGAAAUUUAUAACAAAAAAAUAAAUGAUUGAAGAAGAGAAAUAAUUUUGUGUCAGAGUUGACUAUCCUGAGGAUAAAACCAAUGGUGAAAUGGGCAUCAUUCUUAGUCUGUGGUGUAGUGUUAUUUGAAAUCUGAAAUGAAAUAUAUGGACUUACAUUUUUUUCUCCAGUCUGUGGCCUGUUGGUAUGAGGAAUUGACCUAGCUGGUGCUGACCCAUGGGACCAUAGUGAAGUAUGUUCCUUGGAUAGGAGUCUUAAUCUGCUAGUCAGAUUGUUUCCUAGAUCCUUUUUCCUUUAACAGAACAUAACUUUAACUUAAUGAUUGUAUAUGUGUGUAUAUAUACACAUAUACAUAUGUAUGUGUGUGUAUAUGUAUAUAUGUGUAUUUAUAUAUUUGAGAUUAUUAUUCAGAUGACCUGUUUUCAAGGAGUAUUUUACAAUCAAAAAAUACACUGUGCUGCAUUCAAAAUAUAAUGUAUAUUGACUAUUGAGUACACGUUUCAGAGGAAAAAAAAUCAACCAAAGUAGAUCUGCUUUUGUGGCAGGUUUACUAUUUCAACCUCAUGUAUUUAAAAAUGAAGCCACUCAGAGCUCAGUAAGGCAUUCAGUCUGCUUCCUUGAAAAUCUGGUGAUUAAAUUUCUUCCCAGACUCAACUAUGGCAUUUUGUUUUCACCCUUCCUCUUCCUAGCACAAGUGAACGUAGAACGUGGUUUUUCUUGACUAAAAUUUUCAAGCAGAUUUCUUUGAAUAAAACAUGUUUUCAGCCACUGCACUAACACCAGCCUGCUUCAGUUUCAAGUUCAUCCUUGUAGAUUCAUUAACUAUUGAUGGCUAAAAAAUUCAGAAAAGGGGGGAACUGUGUCAAAGCAUUUUUGCAUGUAUGUGUCCUAGUAUUUUGAAGAAAGAAGCCAGAUUUGUUGCAUAUAGGAAACAGUUUGCAAUACAAGUAUUGGGUUUUUUUUUUUAAUUAGCAUGUUCUCUAUUCAGCAGCCCUCAAGGUGGAUUAAUACAUUAAUUUUAGUGGGAGCUGGAUCAGAAGUAAUGUUUGACAUCAGAAUUAUAGGCUAUACAUAUUCCUUUUCAUUAUGGAAACAUUUCUGGUUUGAGAAAACACUUUUAAAAAUACUGAUAUUUGGAAGAGGUGUAAAUUUGUUUUGGUUUUGCAAUAAAGUGAAGAAUAUUAAAAAAGUGAAAUAUAAAUGCUGUUGUAAGUUCUGCAAAUGUAGGUGGUCAUUUUAUGGUCAAGAAAUAUAUGAAUGUAAAAAAAAUGCAAAUACUGUAUAUAUUUUCUGUAACAUAUGUAUAUUGGGUCAUAAGGUGGGUGGAGAAUUGUAAAAAUUAAGCACUUUAAUUCCUGUUGAGUACUUAAAAUGAAAAGAAAUUUGUAUCCUGUAAAAUAAAAGCAUCAUUAAAUAAGUAUUGCUGGUU